UCACUACGGGCCUGCUCGGCCCGCCCAUCCGACCCAGCGCGCUUCCCGUCUCGCUCCCUCGGCGGUGGACGGCGGGGCCCGACGCGUCCCCUCGAGCGACUCGAGUCCGUCCUCGGCGCGGAUUCGACGCGGAUUCGGCGGAGUCGGACUCGGUGGCAGUGCGUAGACUCGAGCGAAGGUUCGACUCCGACCGUGGCUCGGGAGUUCGAUAUCGGCGGGGUGUCGGCGCACGGGCCGCGCGGUUGUGACAUCGCUGUGACCGGUUGCGAGCAGUCGCGAGCGCUCGCGAGCGGCCACGUCGUCGGCGUCCGAAGGAUGGCUCGCGGCGGAAGGGUCGGCUGAGUCGGCCGAGUGGCGCUUCCGCCCAUAACGGACGGCGAUGACAGGGACCAGCGCUCGACCGUCGACGGCAACCCAGACUCUCCGGCCGCGCGACGGCGGCCGAGACUCUGCCACGCUGGAGGCCCGAGGAGGGUUUCGCCGCCGCGAGGAUGCGAAACGACGCUCACGGAGCGCGUAAUCGUCGCCUGCGAGGAGCAGCGCGCGAGGAGGUCGUCCACGUCGGACAGGAUGGUAGCAUCGACGCACAACCUGGAAGAGCUCGGAGUGAGCCACCCCGCAAACGCGAGCAACGACCGGCAGCAACAGGAGAAGCACGGGCCUGCCUACAGGUCGGCGCAGACCGCCCAAGAUAAAAGGAGCCGCCUGAGCAACGUGAUCAACAACCUGAGAAAGAAGGUGCCGGAAUCGAGCGGCGAUCAGCGGCGAGAGGAGGAUGACCGGAACAGCGUCGAGCGGAAUCUGGAGACGUUGGAAAAAUACGUGAUGACGGUCCUGAACGGCGUCAUCAAGGACGAGGAGGACGAGGAGAAGGAGAGCCGGGGAGCGGAGGCGUCGAGGGUGAGCCCGGGGGCCGAAGACCCCCCAGGGAAGGAGGCCGACUCCGACGCCGGGGUCACCGUCGCCGCCGAGACCCGGGAACCCUUUGAGCCCGACGAGAGCCGCGUGGAAGCCGCGGCGGUUCCGGGAGGAGCGGACGAAAACGUUGCCCCGGGUGUCGACGUCGUCGCCGAGAGCGAUGAGUCGAGGAACCUCGACGGGAAAGACGUCCUCGAGGGAAUGGAGAAGAUCCACCGAGACGAGGAUCCGGUGGAUGAGCCGGAGGACUCUCGACGGAGUCUGGACGAUCGGGGAGAGGAUCGAUUACCCGACCCUGCGGAGAACCUCGAAGAGGAGGUUGGAGGAACGGAAGACACGCCGUCGUCGGCGACACAGAGGGGGGACGAGCGGAAGUCCGAGGAAGAGAGACCUCACGGGCGAGAGAACAGGGUGCCUCGAGACCAGGACUUGGAAACAAGGGUCGGCGACUCCGGGAACCGACCCGUUAAAAAUUCAUCGGGGAACCCGCAAUGGGUCGAGCCGUCGAGGACCACCUUGCACUGCAGCCUCCCCUUGGAGAAGGUGGGCCUCGCUCUUCACGGUUGCCAGUCCACCUCGGAGUCCACCUUGGACGGUACCUCGUUGCCGUUGAAGACUCUCGCGAAGCCGCCCUCGCCUCCCCUCGUCCGACACCACCUCUGUCUCUACUGCGACAGGAAGUUCCUCUCGAUGUCCCUGUGGCAGAGACACACCGAACGGGUCCACCAGCUCGGGGGUGGCAGGCGGUCGGAGAGAAACUCGAGGAAACCCUCGCAGAGCUGCCAGUACUGCACCGAGAAGUGCCCCGAUACCCUGGAAGGGCUCUUUCGGCACAUGGUGUCCAGCCACGGGGACAAGUACCAUGGGUGCGUGCAGUGCUCUACCAGGUACGCCACAAGGGACGCGCUGGCGAGCCACGGCGUCGUCGCUCACGGGACGACGUUGGACAGGACGCCUCGGACUCGAGAGAAGACGAAGGAGGCCACUUUCCUCACCCGGGAGAAAUCCGAGGACAUCUCCGAUGCCGUCUUUGUGCCGAAGGAGUCCUUGAGAGACGGGCAACUGGACAACGACGUCGAGAACGACGACGACGACGAAGACGACGGGGGUAACGGCGAUGGCGGGGGUGGCGGCGAUGACGGAGACGACGACGGCGACGGGGACGGCGAUGCCGACGGGAACGAGAACGAGGACGAGGAUGACGAGGACGCCAACGACGACGACGAGGAGGACGAGAAGGGAAAGGGCAUGGGCAAUGGCGACAGCGACGAAGAGAACGAUGAAAACGCAGAGGCCAGCGAGAAAGAAGAUGGCGGCGACAACGGUACCGGCGCCUGUCUCGAAUCUCGAGGGGAGGCGACCAGGUCCAAGAUCGUCCCGACCACGGCCGCUAAGGACGCUUUCGGCAAUCCCGGAAGUCCGGAGUUCGACAGUUCCUUCUACAGCAGCGUCAGUUGCAACAUCCGCGAGAACUUGUUGCACCACAUAGACGGAAAGCUACAGGCGCCCUCGACGUCCGGUCCUUCGGAGCCGAAACAGUCGUACCGGGAACCUGGCGUCACCCAGGUUCAAUGUCCCAUCGACAUCUCCCUCACAGCCGCGACCCCGGUCUACACCGGGAAAGAGUAUCCCUCCGAGGACGGCGGCAAUGCCAGCGAGUCCGCCAGGAAGCCGGGCAAGCACACGAGGACCCACCCCAGGCGCGUCUCCUUCGAGAAGUACAACUUUCCCAGGAAGUACGACGGCAGGGAGGAAUGGACCUGCUCGAUCAAGGACCUCAGCAAAUUCGACAUCUCCACUCAGCUGACGCUGAGGAUGAAGCAGCGGCUGAUCGAGGAACGGGUCGUCUCGAGCAGCCCUCCCCAGACUCAGACCUCGGGCGCGACCGAGUCCAGUCCGAGGCUCGAGGACCCCAAGGACUCCACGGACUUCGAGGACUCCAUGGACCUCCAGAACCAGAAAGAGGCUUCGGGAACCUGGCGGGAGGUCACCGAAUUCGGCGCCGAGUUCGCCAGCUUCAUGAGGCUGAAGAAGUGGAGUGACGACCGCAUCGGGGAGACGGGGAAGAGUCAAGAGACCAUCUACGCGGAACUGACCGGGGAGUGGUCGCGGCCACGGGUGUACAUAUGCGGAGCCUGCGCCGCGAGAUACGUAACCCUGAAGGAGAUGGAGGAGCACAAGGCGGCGAGCCACCCCAACGUCUGGUGCUCGCACUUCGAGUUCUCCGGCGACCAGCGGGAGCUCUACAAGCACCUGGUCUUCCUUCCGAGCCGGAGCUUGGUGGCGGCCAAGUUGAGGGGUGGGGUCGCGCCGGAGAAGGUCUGCACCAAGUGCUCAAAGAACUGCAACACCCUGGCCGAGUUGCACCGACACAUGCUGGAGUGCGGCGGGGACCAGGCCUGGCUUCUAGGCCUCUUCGGCAACGGCAAGAAGAAGUGCAAGUGGAGGCCCUUCGGAAGUCGCAGCAGGAGGAGGAGACAACGCGGCAUGAAGAGGAACAUACAGAACUCUCAGACUCCUAGGGUCAACGUACCCAAAGAGCGGCCUACCAGCGGGCCCAGGGUUCGACCCAGCGAUCGUGAGUCACAUAAAGUGACAUUGUUCCCAGGAGAGAGCAUCCAGAAAAUGCUGGCGAAUUUACCUCCGAAGAGAGCCACCAGAAAGGUCUUGCAGGAUAACUCGACGAGAACGAACUCGUUACGGAACGUGCAAACUCGGUCCAGGCCUCGCAUGCCCAAAGAUGGCCCGACGACGGUCCUAUCCAGGAACAAAGCAGCAGCCGCGGUGAGGAACAAGUUGCUGAAAAACGCAAAGUCCUAUCAGAGGAAUCGAUGUAGGAUCGACAACAUCACCGCUGUUAUCGAGAGUGUCGUUCAGAAUCAUGGCACCGACGAGAGAGACGAAGUCGAAGGGGCCGACGACGAUGCCGAAGAGACGGACAAAGAGGAGCUCGAAAAGGCAUCGAGGUCGGGUAAAGCGGAAGGUGGGGCUAAGAGCGAAAAGCGACCAGGUCGUGCCAGAGUCUUUAACGGCGUUAGGGUUAUCAGUAAGAAGAGGAACGUUAAGAACAGAAGCGAGAGGAACGUCGAACGCUCCCGACCUGGCGAGAGGACGAAGGAGAAAUUUUUCAAAAGUCGCCGAGCCCUCGGCAGAUCGAGAAAAAAUCUGGACGACGAGAAUGUCGAUAGUUCCUUUAGUGAGAAGAUCCCAAGAAACGCUUCGAAAACUAUCCCAAAAACUACCCUUAAUAAAGUCCCUGUAAAUGAUGAGAAACCUCUGGAUGACAAAUCCUAUGUUAACGAUGUUAAGCCGACGACUUGUUCGACCACCUCCGAGAGAACUUGUUUGCGAAGGAAGAGGAUAGUGGAUCCUGCGGCUCAUUUGAACGCGUCCUUAAAGGCUAAGGCUCAACUCAGGACUCACGACGGCAAGUUCGCGAGGAACCCGGGUGCAGGACCAUCGGGGGACACGUUAGACAUGGUUCCUCCUAGUCAAGUUACGAGGACUCGCGGAAGGGGGCGAUUUAUUACCCGAUCCAAAAUGGGAACUUUGAGGGGCGGGAAAAACGAGCUCCGAAAUACUAGGAGAAUGACGAGAUUCUCCUCCCUGUCGUCCGACAGCGAUAAGAUGCCGACUUUGGAGCCGGUCGUGGAUUUAGCAACUGGCGAGGAGUGCGGAGAAAAGGUAACCAAUGACCUACCCGUCCUGUCUCCGGCAACGGCGCCGGGAGAACAGAGAGUCGCGAGAUCGUGUUCUCGAAGCUCAUCGGUCGUAAGCGUAAUCAAAAAGAAGAAACCUGGCGGCAAAAGAAGCGCCACCGAAAACGAUACCCCGCCUUCGGAGGAAGUUUCAGAGAAGAGCACCAUCGAGGAGGUGGAGGGAACGAGCAGGGCUCAAAGUGAGCAAGUCACUAGGGCUGGGAGAGGUAAAAGGAAGCAAAUCAUGGUAAGGCAAAGAGUAACGAGAGUCAUGGUACGAAAGGAACGAGCGGGCAAUACCGAAGUUGGAACUUGUUCCAAAGAAAUACCUUCGGCAACUCCGAAAAGACUAACGAGAUUUAAAGCGAGGAACGGUACGAGCGCCCGUCGAGGACGCGCUACCAGAGGUAACGCCCAGAUUCGCAGAAGGUCCGCAAGUAGCUCGAAACUGUCCAAGACCAAAGAUGACGACGACGACACGGAACACGAAAAUGAUUUCAUGGCUAAUAUCGUUCCCGAAAAUACGGGCGUACCAAAAGAAAAGGGGAGCAUCAGGCCUAAACGGGAUAGGCAAGGACAAGGUGUCGAAAAUUCCGACAAACCACCAAACGAUACUGCCGACGUUCCUGCUGGUAAAAAACUUCCGAAACACCUAGGAGAAAUCGAGGCUUCGAAGAAAUUCGGCCUAAAGGCCCGCGACAAUGGAAGGAAAGCUUUGAGGCAUUCGGGCUCGAGUUACGAAGCUAAAGAGAAAGAGAGGAAGGGACAGGGCUUGAUGUCGGGAACCAAGGUUAACCAAAAGGCCGACAAACUUGGGCAAAGGAAAUCCGCGAGAAACGUCCGUCGCGGUUCUCGAUCGAACGAACGCGAGAAAGAGCGCGGCAAGAUCGAGAACGAGAACGUUAAAAAGCCGAUUGAACGUGGAGACGCGCACCCGUCGUCGAAGAAGGGGGAAAUCGUUGAAAGCGACGACGUUGACUUAAAUACCGAAGACGCUGAUGUGGGCGAAAUCCCUGCUGAACGGGUUUCCAAGGAAGAUUGCCCCGUUCCUGAAAGUAGGAAAGAUAAUGCUAAUCUUUCAGAGGAGACCGAUACUUCGAUCGCGAAGGAGUCUACGAACCAUGGAAGACGCAGGGGAAAGACUAAAUCGGUCCAAGUCGAAACUGCGGAUCACGGGAAUUUUGCCGACGAUUUGUCGAGUCUCGAGAAGAUCAGCAAGCCUAUGGAAAUUAGCUCUCUUGCCAAAGACGCGUCGGUUAACGCCCGAGAUGAUCAGACGCGUAUAUCUCCAUGCGAGGUAACGAGCGACACCUUUGAAAACUCUCCACGAAUUUGCGGUGUUCAGAAGGACCUGGCAAGGUCGAAGGACCCCGUAAACCUGGCCCUGGAACACCUCCAGCAGGAGUCCAGUAACUCUAACAUCGACAGUGGCAAGGAGAACUCCUCGGAAACUCCUGUAAACGUGCCGAAAUUAAAAGUGGUGCGGCCAAAAAAAUCGAGAGGCCUGCGCCGAGAAAGAGGGAGCAAGAGGAGCCUGAGCAACGUCAUCGGGAUCCUGACGGAGGGGGUCAACAUCCCGGUGGAAGUUCAGCAAAGCGUUGUUCUGACCGUGCAGACUUCCUUGGAGAACGCGGUCGGUCCUGACGUUGUUCAGAGUAGCACUCAACAAAUUGUAGAGGAUGACGCGAUUGCAGGAGCUGGGUCUAAUCUGGAUAAAAUAAAAGAGAACAACGACCUAGGAUCGGACAAAUCCGCGAAGAGGAACGACGUUGAGCCAGACCGAGUUAAAGGAAAUGAGGUGCCUGAAAGAAAUCUAGAAACUAGUGACCCUGUACCUGCCCAGACCUCCGAAGACAGCGAAUUUAGCUCCGAUUUCGGAUCAAACGCCUCCACCAGUGGGACGGAACCCACUGUCAAAAGCAGUACAAAGUACGAGGAGGAGGCUUGGACCUCUCCUGAGGAUGCCAAUGGAGAUAGGCGUCCGGAGAUUCCGCAUCGCCGUACUCGGUUGUCCGCCUCUUCGAGGGAGCUGCAGGAAGGCAGCGCGGCUCCAGAAAAUCAGCCAGCUAAUGACAUCAUCUUGGACCUCUCUCGCAGGAAGCCUAAAGGGAAAGGUUCUUUCCUCGAGAAAAUAGUGUCAAAGAUAGCCAAGAAGAAAGAUGCCUUGAAGGACGUCCUUGAGGGGGAAGUCGGCUCUCUUCUGGAUAACGCAGCCGAUGAGCUUACGAAUAUCCUCGACGAAGUCGAGCCAAUCCUGACGGAGAACCCGGAAAGUAUAAGCAUCGCAGAGCCGAAGAAUACCAUUGAAAGAGUGGCUAAAGAGACUUCUCCCCGAUCGCAAGAGUCAGUGAAAUCGGAUGUACAAAAAUCCCGUAAAGAAGCAAAAGUCGACGAUUCGUGUAAUGUGAUAGAUACCGAGACUGUACAUAAUUGUAAAACUAAUUCAAAGCAUUUCCUUCAGGAGAGUCGUAGUCUACAUAACGCCCACGUCCAAAUUUCUCUGGACCCUGAUGAUAUAGGUUAUCAAAUUCCUGGUGAGCCCGGAAAAAUUAGUAAAGUAACGGAAGAGACCUCGAAUGAACAAGGUCGCAUUUCUCUUAAAACGAAACGCGAGUCAAAGAAGAGAUCCCUCGAAAUUCAUUCUCCCAGAAGAAGUAAGAGGAAGUCGCUCGACGCCGAAAAUGAAACCGAAGACGAUUCCCCGGAAAGUGAAAUUUCUCUUGCGGAUAUAAUGAAGUUAAUUAAUAAACCACAGCAGACGAAUACUAGCGGUCAAAGUGAACAAAGCGAUUCUACCGGUCAUCGCAGUGGAACUAAAGUACGCCUUGGGAAGCGGAAAAACGUUGACGAAGAUGAUCAAUCGAAGACGUCAAACAUCAAAGCUAAAGGCAUUCCAAACGAGAAGGAUGAUUCUGUACCUGAAGUCGAAGCAGCGGAUGUAAGGAAAUCGAAGCGCAAAUCUAAUGAGAUGUUAUCAGGAUUAGACGGUCUUUCUAGUAAAAAGAAUAACGCAGAAAUAUCAGGAACUGACGACAAUCUUAUUUCCGACACCCACGAUAAGAGCAAGGAGUCUGUCGAAAGACAUCGGUCGAAGAAACUUUUACAACCCGAGGGCAUUGCGUCCGUGGAAGAUGUCCCGAAAAAACCCGAAGAAAAGGAAAACACCACCGAGGAGGCAGAUAAUUCAGGGCACUUGAAAGUCAUUAAUGAAAUGAACCACGAGAAACCGAUUGCACAACCUGAAACUUUAACUGCAGAACGUAACAAUCGGAUUAAGUCGAACGCUGCGGAAACAGGAAGAAUAUCUCCUGAAUGUAAUAAGGGGCCGAUAAAAAACGAUAAAGAGGUAGGAGUCGGUCAGGUCGUUUCUCUUGAAACCAGUUUACAAGCUGUUAAGAAGAGCAUAGAUCUUGAGAAAGAAUCUGACGCGACAGAGGGGAACGAUAUUUCAUGCAAAGAGUCGCAGCCGUCACUUUGCGAUGAUAAUGAGCGACAAACCCCGAAGAAGAAAAACGUGAAAAAUGAAAAGAACGCCAAAAGAUCCAAACAAUACUCGCCGGCCAUAAAGUCGAUCGAGAUCGUUGAUGAGACGUGCGCAUCCGGUAAUAAAGAGAAGCCGGUAAAGGAAGACGGAAGCUGCGGAGAAUCGCGCAUCGUGGUUGAGAAAAGAGAGGAAAAUUUUGGCGGAAAUUCCGUGUCCCGUGCUCUGGAAGAUUUACAAGAAUCUUCUGAGAAACGAUCGGUAAAAAGGACAUCUCUGACAUCUGAACAUUUAGACCUGCUCGAUGGUACACAUUUGCAGCCUCUUCCCGAGGAUCGCUCUAAUGAAUCUCAUCCUGUAGAUGCCAUCGGAAUAACCCCCUCAAAAAAAUCCAACAGAAAAGCAUCCGUGGUCGACCAUUUCAAGGAAACCAAGCCGAAGGAAGUCAAAAAAGGAGAGAUCAUUUCCGUUAGGGUGAAAAGACCGGAACUAUUCAAAAUUCCCGAGACGAACAACGCUCCUCAGUCGACAAAGAAACGCACUUCGAAGAAGUGGUCUCUCGCGGACGAACAUUUGGAGCUUCCCGAUUCUCCUCCACAGGUUAUGUCGAAAGCUCCCGAUGUAGAAGCUUCGACGUCUGGGAUUAAAAACCUCGAAGUUGCGGUCCCGAGUAUUGGCGAUACGUCCGAAGGGAUUAAUGAGAACAACGACGUCGUGAAACCUCAGGAAUUGGAGUUAGAAUCCGUUGACGAGACCGAAAAUACAAGCGAUGCCGUUAUCGACUCCUCCACUCCGGUAUCGAAUGUUCCGUCGAUCAAGCGACGAUCAACUAAGAGAAAGAAAUUUCUGGACAGUCAGCUCGGUGCCCUGGAUAGCACUUCUUUCCAAGAGAAGACCUCGGACAAAUCGGAUGUCACCGAUCCGCCAAAUUCUAACCAAUGUAGCCGGCCUGUGUCGCGAAGAACCUCUAAGCGAAAAACAACCGAGGACGACCUCGAAGACGCAUCCGAUGAGACGAAAAAUUCCCUUCUUUCGGCCGACUCCGAACCAGCAAGUGCGGGAAAGACUGGAGGGUUCGAAAGGCGACAAGUCCCAAAAAGAAAAGCGAAAGCUAAUAUCUCGCUCCUGGAUGAGCAUUUGGAUCUUAACGACGUCCUGGAUUUUUCAGAUGUCGAGACCGCUUCUCUUCACGACUCCGAGGAGAUUUCUGCCAGGAAUAUCUCCGUUAACGUUGAACUACCAAUCGAGUCGCUGACCGUCGAAACGACGGAUGAACUUCCCACAGUAGUAAAAGAUGUAGAAAAUAAAAACGUAACCCCCGAAACUGCAGAUACGUCGGUGGAUGUGGACGCUACCUCGGAUAGUUUAAAGGAAGACGUCCAGACGCCCAAGAAACGAGCUUCCGGCAACUUUGCCGUGGUCCACACAAAAUCUGGAGAGAUCCUCAUCGUCGAGAAGAAGAAGAAGAUAACGAAGGAAGUUGCCAAGUUCUUCUGCGACGUGUGUACCACCAGUUUCACUCGGAAAAGCUCCCUGAAGAAGCACAAUUCCUCUCAGUCGCAUUUACUUCAGCUGGCGAAGGUCGGCAAGGACUCGGAUAAGGAGAUGCUGGAGCAGAUCGACCGGUUAUCGUAUUCCGAAGGAACGUGCGAGGACAGCCAGGGAGACGACUCGAAAACCGACGCCGAACAGUCCACGGAAUGUAAUGUCGUUCACUUAACUCCCGAAGAAAGUGCAAAUUUCGAGGAAUUACAGACCGAGGGAGCUGACGAGAAUCGUGCACGUGUUAAGGGUAAAGCCAUUUGCGACUCUUUCGCGUUGGACGCCUCCAAGUCAACAUUGACGAGCGCAAUUUCUGAGAACGAGUUGGAGGAUGAGCUGCUUGACGAAGAAAUUUGCAAAAUCACCGAAAACAUGACCCACGAUGAAUAUGUCCUCACUGACCAAGUGUCUCCAACUGCUCCCGAGGCUACGUCUACGCCACUGAUGCCUGCUACCCAAACGAAGGUCCAGGAUAACCCGAAGAAGAGUAAAAAACUUGAAAAGAAACAACCAAAGAGAAGAAACCUUGCCGAGGAACACUUGGACUUGGACACUCCGGAACCUGACGCAAGCUUAGAGGUCGUGGAAGAAACCGAGUCUGCCGACCGGAAGCUUGGGAAAGGUACAAUUAGUUCCGCUGAAAAUGCUCCAAUUCUGGGUACACACAUGUUUACGAACGUGGUUGAAAAUGAACCGAUGCCUUUGCUAGAAAGUCACCAGAGUUGUUCGGGAAUUAUAUUGGAAGAGAACGACCGAAUUGGUACCAGGAAGGAAAAACAGGGAACGAUGUCUCCCUUAGAGGAUCUCGUUGGAAUUUUCAAUGGAAGACAAGAAGAAGCCAACCAGGACAUUCUGAAACAUAAUUCUGUAAGGUGCGAAGCAGUAUCGAUUAGCAAAGCGAGCCAAGGCGAAGCUUCAGAAAAACGUGGAAAAGUUUCUGAAGACCGGAGCAGUUGCGCAACGACAAAUAUCGGGGGAUUCAAAAUGGAAAGUAAUUUAUCACUGCUUGAAGAAACGCAUCCCGGCGGAGUUACUCUGCCCGUCAGUGAAGAGAAGAAUUAUCAGAAGAACGCGGACACUCCGAGGAAAAUACGAAAUCAAGAGAAAUCCGAGGAAGCCGAGGGACGUGUCGAGGUACUGUCAAAUGAGAAAGAACCUCUAAAAGUAGUUACCGACGCUAAUGAAGAACGCGAGUCUGAUGAGGUUAAUCUAAAUGUGACGAAGAAAGCGAUCCCCAUUGAACGAGGAGGAGACAAGACAAAUUGCGAUGGUCUCUCUAGAAAAAAUAAUUCCUCAUUUUCUCACAGCUCGGAUAAAGUCGAGGUGCAAGAUGUAUUGAAAAACAACGCAUUUAAUUCGGCAAACGAUCCCGCGAGUCUUGCCGUGCCAACGAAAAAUCAACAAGAUACGGCGUUUAUUGUGAAGCCUUCAGAAAUUGAUUUAAUAAUUUCAAAGUCAAUAAUAGAGACAUCUGUGGGGAUUGAAGGCAACGCUGCCUCCCUUUUCGAGGAAGAGCAGAUUAAGCUCGGUCCAAAUUCACUGGUACUUAAUGAAGAUGAUGACUCUUCGAGUUUCGGUGACAAACCAUUGUCGGAACUUUUGCCUAAGAUCGGUUCAGGAUUAAAAUCGUCACCCAAGACUCACAAGGUCCUGGAUUUCUCCAACAUCACGGAGAGACUCAAGGCGCAGAUGCCUGCAACGAACGAGACCAACGUUUCAUUGCUGACAGAGUUCGACAGCGAUGAAAAUUCUAGGGACACCGAAAUGUCGGUCGACAUUCAGAAGCUCUUGGAAGAUGCCGAACUUUGCGCCGACGACAAGAAGGACGCCCGUGAGGAUGAAUUGAAAGUCGCGUUAAAUAAAGAACCCCCGGUCUACAUCGAAUCUCGUAACACCGUGAUCCCCAAAAAGGAAGCUCUUCCAGGGAAUCCAGCAGAGGAGAAGCUUUCCAAAUACCUGCCCGUUAAACGUCCGGCAGGAAAUACCGAAACCGAGUCACCAAAAGACGAAGUUACCGACGACGAAAGUAGUAAGAAAGCUCACAACGUUGAAGGGUCACAAUCCAGCAACGAGUGCAAGAGUAUCACGAAGAGGAGGACUCCAAAAAAUAGACCUAAGUUGCGUGAAUCUAAGAAAUCGAGAAGGUCCCACAUGAAAAAUCAGAGAUCCAUCCCGAACAACCGAGUAGAUAACAGCAGCGAGAGCGAUACCAGCUAUCAAGAGGACAGGGUGGAGUCGCGCAACAAGAGCAAGAUCGUGAAGAGCGUGUUCGGUAGAGUCUUAUCCGGCGAUAAGACUGACAAAGUCAAGGAGGUGCUCGACGAUUGGGAUUCUAGGUCAGAAGAGGAAACCAAAGGAAGCGACCCCAGACACGUGCGAGGCGACUCGUCUCCGUCAUCUAUGGACUGCUUCCAGGGAAAGAAGAAUACCGAUGCGGUUCCAGAACCUAAUAGUAAACUAAAUGACAAUUUCGGUCACCCCGAAAGGACGUCAACCCGUAAUCGUAAGAGGAUCAGAUCACGCGGCACGAUAGAAGGCACUGCGGAACGAGAUAAAGGAGCCAAGUCUAGACCUCCUUCGGGUAGCAGAGAACAAGAAGACAUCGAAACUCGGUCUACGUCCGAAGAACGGGGCAGCAACGCGAAGCCAAGAACUUGUUCAGGCCCCAAAAAACAAGACCACGUAGCAUACUCUGUACCUUCCCUUGAUUUGGUCCUACCAAACUCUAGGUACCGGCAGAGCAAAAAGAAAGCCGAAGAGAGGAUCUCCAAAGCAUUCGAAGAGGAAUCUCUGAUUUUGGACGACGUAGACAAGUCUUUGAAGGCAUCCCGUCCACCGGAAACUUCCUAUGAGCUUCGGAACCCCUCGAUAAUUGCCAGGAGCAAUUCAACGACCCGGUUGUCCUCGAGUGAGGUGGAUAUUUCUGAGCCGGCCACGUACGAUCUUGAUACAUCCCCUAGGAAAGAUAGAUCGGAGUCCAAGAAGACGAUCCAAACGAAAGUUCUUUCGGAACCGAAGAGAAGAGGAAGAAAGCCGGAGAGCGAAACGGGCACGAAGCAGAUCAAAUCCAGAAAUCUGGACGACGCGUCCACGGCUUCGGAGGGAUCUUUGAAAUUCACUGGUCCUCAAGAAGACCUCACUGGCCUUGAAGAAAUGCCUCGUGCGUACGACGAUUUUCCUAAACCUUUGUCUCCAGCCAGGAACAUUGUGGAAAUUGGCGCCUCCAGGAACCAUUCCCUAGAUCGACUGUCCCGCUCGUCUAUGAACUCUGACGAGGAAAACGAAGAGGAGAACGACGACGAAGACCUUGCCAGGGGAAGAAUGUCUCCCCUCUUUUACGACACGCCGGAUUCAUCCUUGGACGACAUGUCCGAUGGCGCAGAGGACGAGCCACCUAGAAAGCGGAGCUCCAGCGAAUUUUCCGGCGAGAAGGUGGUCAUCAGAUCACCGCUGUCCAGUCAGGAAGACAGACACGAGGUGGUCAUCAUUGCUCCUACCGAUGCCAUCGAAGACAACGCCUUGGAUGUCCCUAGGGAGAUCGAAACUUCCCCACAGAAGUCUAGACAGGGAAAGGUCCUCAAUUUCGAUGAAGAGCUCUUCGUCGAGUGCUGCUCCAGGCUCAAAGCCACCACUGAGAACGAGCUUCGCGGGGCAAAAAAAAUCAAGUUGGAUCAUUGCGAUGCCUACCACAAGAAAGAGGAACCGCCAGGUAGCAGGACGACGAACAGGGACAGGUGGCGCGACGUCGAGAGCCAGAACAGUCUAGGCAGUCUUUUGGAGUCCGUUAACCAGCUACUCGGCGAGGAGAUGUACGGCACCAAAGAAAGGGACUAUUCGAAGCGGACUCGAGACGUGCGCAGCGAAAAUUCCAGUCGAUCUGCAAGUCCUGAUCCCGACUUGUCGCGUCGCGAUAAUGUCGGAUACGAGGACAGUCUGGAUGUCGCGUUCGAGCACAACAAUAAACUCCGUGACAAGAUUCAGCAACGUAUGAGGGAAAGCGAGAGCUUGAUCGCCAGCACUUUCGGACAGGGGAACAGGAGCAGCAGCUUCGACCAUCGCCAUCAUCACAGGCACCAUAGGAAUCAGGAACGAAAAAGCGGUCACGAGGGGAACGACCUGAUUUUCGGACACCCUCAGGGACAAGGAAGCGUGUCCACCCCUCACCUGUCCAAUGGAGAACUUGGCAGCGAUCGCGCGAACGAAAGAACGGAACAGUCGGGACAAAUCCGAGUCGACUCUUCGGGGUUCAAGAGCAAGGUGAACUCCACGUUGGGGGGACUUUUGGACAAGGCCCUAUCCAAUCUACUUCACAACAAUGGGAAGCACGAUCACAAUGGCUCGACUCCGAUGAAGGUCCUCGCCGAGCUCGCCUGUGCACGGGCACCGUCGUCUACGAACACGGAGGUUCCGCACAGUAUAUCCGCUAUUAGAUGUGCCACUGCGGAAAUAGAUCCUGUUUUGAAUGCCGGGCCUGAUUCCAAUUCCGUGAAGGAACAGCCGCCUAAGAAAUCUCGAAACCCGAUAAAGGAACUUUUCGAGAAGAAGAAAGAAAUGAACGAAAGGAGGCAGGUCGAGAAAUGCAAAUCUGGGGCGGCCCUUAAGGAGCUGACCAAUCAACAUCAAAGGAAGACCAAAAAGACGCAUAAACGUCAGGACUUUCCUCUGGUGCGAAGGAACCAACACGGCGGAUUAGCGGAGAAGAAAAAGAGAAGGGAGUGCUUCGAAAAAAGGGUCGAGCCUCAGGCGGACAGAGUCAAAGAUGUCUACGACUUCGACGACGACGAAAGUCAAGCGGAGGUCCAGCUUGGACCGGUACUGUCCUACAGGAGCAAAAUGGAUAAAAGCUGCGACCUCGAUUCCCUGAAGGAAGGGCAAAUCGACAUGUCCGAUGGCAUGUCGAAGACCAUCGGCGAUACUUUGGAAAAUGGCCGGUCGAGCGAUGUUCUAGGCAGGAGACUGGAGACUAUAAUAGACAGGAAGUUCAAAGAAAUGGAAAAAUACGCCCCGAAGACGAAGGGCGCGUUGAAGUCCUUCCAAAGUGAAGAGAAGCAGCAGCAGGAAGUGACGGGACCAAUGGACAAUUUCGUCGAGAGGAAGCAAAAGGUGAAGAGAUCCGUCGAGCCGAGAACGAGCAAACACUCCAAGCUGAAGAAACGGAACCGGAACUCGAAGAAGAAGUCGAGGAACGCUUGGUACGAGGACGACAGUUCCGAUGAAUUUAGAACUGCAGCAAAGACAGAGGACAUCGGCGUCGGCAUCUCGAAGAGCCAGAGAUCUUGCUCCAAGGGGAAGCAAAAUCUCUUCGCCGAGCUGUCCACUUCCUCCGAAAGCGAAUUCGAAGACGAGGACGUGGAGUACACCUCGAGAAGGGAAUUGGAGAUAAAGUGCGUUUCACGGAACGCCCCGGAGGGGCGCGAAAGGGAAGGAAAUGAAAUUCGCGAAGAAAUGCCUGAAGAGAUGGGUAAUAAAUGCGACGUAGAGAGUAUCGGAGAUUUGGAGGUAACGCACGAUGACCGGGAAUACUUGGGGAAGAGGAAGGACUCCGAUGCCAAAAAGUCAGAAUCGGAAAUUUCUGAUCGGCCGCUUAUCAUCGACGAAAGGAAGGAGAGCGAAGAACAGAGAAAUAGCGACGAGGAGACCGAAACUCAGUACGACAGAUCCUUCGAAUUGGACGAUCUGUACAGAGAGGACAGUUCCGCGGCCGAAUCCGACCCAGAGGAUAAUAUUUUGGAGGAUAAGAAAAAUACCGAGGAAACGAGGGCUGAGAGCCCGAAUAGUCGGGAACUGUUCGGAACGGUUGCGGAAUCGAAGGAGAAAUAUUUGCAAGAAGAGGAAUUAAUUCCUCUCGAAAAGGCCCUGGAUAUUCUUGAUCAUUCCGAGGGUCUCUCUAGGGAGGAGCCGAACGACGAGGAAAAAAAUAAUUCUUUAGUUCUCGUCGUAGGGCGACCCGAUUCGGUCAUGGAAGCUAUUAACGAGACUUCGAAUUCGUUUGAGAAGAUCGAGAAAGACGUCGCGGAUCUCAACGAAGAUCGCGACGACGACCUCCUCGAUCUACCCGAAAAACUGACCAGUAACGAGAAACCGAAGAACGAUUCCGAAAAUCUCCCGCUGCACGUGUUCCUGAGCAGAAAAGUGCAGGAAUCGAAAAAAAGGAAGCAACAGCAGCAAGAGUUGAAGAAGCUCCAGGAAGAGCAGGAGCGGAUUCUCCUGGACUUCCAGCCAACCAGAAGGCAAAGGAAGUGUGCAAUAGGCAAGCAAGGACUUUUGGCAGAAUUUAGCAGCUCGGACGACGAAUUAUACGUGAGAGUUCCGUACAGGAAAAGCGGAGAUCGGUCGGAUACCGAGCACAAGGUCCGGCGACCGAAACGAGAAUCGAAAGAGAAGAGGAAAGAACGGUACAUCGAGAAGAAACACGAGCAGAUGAUCGCCAAGGAGCAAAAGGCGAUCGAAGAAGAGAUCCUCCGAGAGGUGGAGAAGAAAAAGGAGAUCGAGGCGAGAGACGAUCAAGACUCGGACAAGGACUACGUGGACAAACCUCAAACGGAGACGAAAGGAGCCCACGCAGGGAAAAAAACUGACAAAUCAGCCCAGAAGAGGAAGCCAAAGCAGAAGGAGAAGAAAUUUUACGGGGAGUCGGAAGACGUGCCCGAAGAAGGGGACAAAAAUUCUAACGAAGGCAACGACGUCGUCGACAAGCCGCUUGGAAAAAGUACGCGAGACGACGUCGAGGAAGAAUCUUCAGGGAAGCAGUCGAGGACGCCGAAAGUGACUCCGAAACCAAAGAAGAACACGAGAACCGAUGGAAAGGGCACGAAUGGUAGUAAAAGCGGCAAGAGCAUGAACGGGGAGAGGUCGAAAAAUAGGUCUAGCACGUCGACGAGCAAGGAUCCCAAGGAGAGGAGGUCGUCCAGCGCAAAAAGGGACUCCGCCGACGAGGAAUUAAGAACAACCAAGUCGUGGAACAAAGUCGAGGAAGGAGUGGGAGUCGCCAUUGGCCGGCGGAAGAGAACCGCGGCUAAUCAGCUGUACUAUUGGUCCAGCUCGAGCGACGAAGACGAAACCGUGGAUUCGACUCCUAUCGUCGAAGAGGAAGAGGACGACCACCAGGAACAGCACGGAUGGAUCGUGGGGGACUCGCAUAAAAAAAUGAUCACGAUGCUCGCGAUGGAGAAGCAGCUGAAGGAGAAGAGAAGAAGAAGCGAGGACGAAUUCGACCCAGGUAAAGCCAAAAGUAAGAAGCACCGCAACAGCACGUCUUGAUACGUGUUUCACGAUUAGGUCCAUUAAUGAAAGAAACGAAAGGGGCCCGAUUAAUCGAUAUAGUAUCGGGGCGAGCAUUCGGAGCAGCUGACAAAAAAAAGGAGCACGGAGAGGACGUGUCUCGAGAACCCGAUUUCAGCCGCACGUGGUGGAAGAGAUAACGCUUAGGGGUAACGCGGAUGCUCGACGAGCCGUUCGUUCUCUGGAAGAACGAUUUAAAUACGGAUACGGUAAAGAAUCGGGUAAACGAGGUGGCAACGAUUCGCGAUCGGUCGAGAUCGCGUCCCCGUGGGUAACGAGAGGCUCGCGUGCGCAGAGCGGUACGGGAAAAGCUGUCGCCUUGUAUGUAAAACAGCAGCUUAGCCUUGUACCAUUGGACUUUGAACCUUAGGUUGAGAUAUCCCCGUUAUCUUCCCUCCCGCCGCGUCCAUUAUAUCAUAGGAUCGUAUAAAUAUUAGGUAAUAUAAUAUAAUUUAGACUGACGAUGAGUGUACGGUGUAGUCGAAGGGACGAGACGAGAGGAUACUUAGACAAUACAGAAAACCUUUCCCAACGGUUUAGCUCGAGUCGGUUUCGCCUGGAAAUGUGGAAAAGAAAGAAAAUAAAAGAAAAAGCAGGAAGAAAAGGGGAGAUGCAACGAUAGGUUUCGCGUGGGUUAUUUCAUGGACGAUAUGUAACAGGGGUCCAAUCGAGAGUAGCGCUUUGGCCAGGCUUUUCGUGAAGAAGUAUACCUACAUAUCGCAGGUUCAUUAGUGGGAAGCCCGAGGAAGAAUUUCAUUUCCAAUAAUAUGUCGAUAGGCAUGUGUGUAUAUACACCUAUCGAUCGGUAUGACCUCCGAGCGAUUUGUAAUAACCGGAGGCAGGUGCUUAUGUAUCGUAAAUAUGCCGAUUUGCGCGAUCGAAUCAUGCAUUUUCGUAUGUUCGUCGACUGAUAGAUCUCACUGUGGCAUCAGACGCCGGGUUACGUCUUACAUACUUGCAUACAUACGCAUGUACACACGUACACAUAGGUACAAGACGCGUAACUUACGAAAACCCUAAUUAAGAAUAUUACGCGCGGAGUACCGAUACGUUUCCAUCGUAUAAAUAACUGUGGGUACUCGUGGGGAGAAUACAGUUUUCACGCGGACUUUCACAGUUCUACGCAUAACGUAACGGUAAACGGUUAUUGACUUUAUUGUAAAGGUACUGCCAUAGCCAUAUUAUUAUAUAUUAAUAUUAUUACAUACCAUGCAAAAGCCUAUAAUGAGAAAAGAAUAGCUAUUAAUAUUAUAUUCCUGUAAAGUUGAGAUGUUAGCACAAAACUAUAGGUACAUCCAGUGUAAAUAGAGCAUAUUUUCAAUGUGUCUGGAAAAGUAUGUUUUGUAAUAUAAGCAUUGCAAAGGAAAAUAAAUAUGACUAAAGAAA